CACACAACACCGUACACUUGUGACGUCGCAGGAGGGGCGGGAGGUAAACAUGGCGUCUGGACAGCAAUGGGUGUUGGUGGAAAUGGUGCAAGCGUUGUACGAGGCUCCAUCUUAUCACCUAGUUUUGGAGGGAAUCCUCAUUUUAUGGAUCAUCAGGCUUCUCUUCUCUAAAACCUACAGGCUCCAUGAGACAAAUAAACUGACUGAAAAGGAAAAAGAAGAUCUUAUUGAGGAGUGGCAGCCUGAACCUCUUGCUCCCACUAUUUCCAAAGAGUCGUCCUACAUUACCUAUGAUGUUGUCACAGGACCUCCCAGCCACAAAAUCACAAUCAAUGGAAAAGAGUGCAUUAACUUUGCAUCAUUCAACUUCCUGGGUCUCCUUGACAACGAGCGAGUGAAGCAAAAAGCUCUGUCAUCCUUGAAGAAAUAUGGGGUCGGGACAUGUGGCCCGAGGGGCUUCUAUGGAACGUUCGAUGUUCACUUGGAACUGGAGAGUCGGCUGGCCAAAUUCAUGAAAACGGAAGAAGCCAUCAUCUACUCCUAUGGCUUUGCUACUAUUGCAAGUGCGAUCCCUGCUUACGCGAAGAGGGGAGACAUCAUCUUUGUGGAUGAGGCAGCCUGCUUUUCCAUCCAAAAAGGCCUGCAAGCAUCCCGCAGUUUUAUUAAAUACUUCAAGCACAAUGACGUGGAUGACUUGGAGAGGCUUCUAAGGGAGCAAGAGUUGGAGGACCAGCAGAACCCUCGUAAGGCUCGAGUGACUCGUAAGUUCAUUGUCGUGGAGGGACUGUACAUCAACACUGCUGACAUCUGCCCUCUUCCUGAACUGGUGAAACUAAAAUACAAGUACAAGGUGCGGAUUUUCCUGGAGGAGAGCAUGUCUUUUGGUGUGUUGGGAGAGCAUGGCCGAGGGGUCACAGAACACUUUGGAGUCAAUAUAGAAGACAUUGACCUGAUCAGUGCUAACAUGGAGAAUUCUGUGGCCUCCAUUGGCGGUUUUUGCUGCGGACGCUCUUUUGUAAUAGACCACCAGCGCCUGUCAGGCCAAGGCUACUGUUUCUCUGCGUCCCUGCCUCCUAUGUUAGCUGCUGCAGCCAUCGAGGCCCUCAGCAUUAUGCAGGAGAAUCCAGACAUAUUCACCGUUCUGAGGGAAAAAUGCACAUAUGUUUACAGAGGAUUGGAAGGAAUUCCAGGGCUGAAGUUGGUGGGAGUGCAGUUUGCCCCAGCUCUUCACUUGCAGCUGGAGAGAAGUACAGGCUCGAGAGAGUCUGACAUGCAGUUGCUGCGCUCCAUUGUAGAUUACUGUAUGGAGAGGCAAGUGGCGCUGACCCUCGCCCGAUACCUCGAAAAAGAGGAGCGAUAUCCCCCUCCUCCCAGCAUCCGGGUGGUGGUGACCAUUGAACAGACGGAGGAAGACAUACUGAAGGCCAAAUUCUGUAUCCUGGAAGCCGCUUUAGCGCUGCUUAAGUGAAUGGAGGACUUGAUUUCCUUUGUUUUCCCCCUUUCCCGAUCUCAUAGGACCUCUUCAUUCUCUUGACUGAGUCGUAAGCGUGAAAAAGAGUUCUUCACUCAGAUUGUGAGCAUACUUGCAACUGCUCGUAUUAUGAGGCCUUUUUAUAUCCUAACUCCUGAACCCCCCGCCGACCCCCCAACUUGCGUAUCCUUAACAUGAAUGUUAACUGACUGCUGUCACUGAUAAAGAUAAAAAGACUCCUGAAGCUGCCGUGCAAAUAUUACUGUUGUGAGGAUUUGACAGCUGCUUGUCCAACCUUUGCUGCAGACUAAAACGAUCGAACAUUUGGAAUUGCAACACUCAGAUUUGUUAGUGUUCAGCACAUCCAUUCACUGGCUUCUUUAGCAUCCCACCAUGUUUUUGUCUUUCAUUUAUUUCAUCUUGCCAUUCGAUAUUGUACAUUCAACAAAUGUUUUCUACUAAGCCAAUUAUAGCAUAAUAAAACCCCACUGUGUAAAAUAGUCUUUAUUUGUACGGGAAAUUGGAAAUGUGUUUUUUCUUGUCAGACGACACUUUUCCAGUUUUCGAUCAAUUAGGAUUACCAAAAUUAUUUCUAUUUGCUAAAUGCUAGAAUGA